CGAAUGGUAUUAUUCGAAUAAAUAUUUGUGAAUGACAUGCCUUUUCCAUCAUCAAAUGGAUUUAUAAACGAACAAUCCAAUAUUAUUAUAACAACCACCGAAAUCGAUGAUAAUGAAAACGAUAGACAACAACAGCAUCAAAUUCCAAGCUGGCUAUUGGAAUUUCAUCACGAUAUACAUCCAUUGCGAAAUAAAUCUCGACCAUCCAGCGAUAACAAUAUCACAACUAAUCGACCAAAGUGGUUUGAAGAGUUGAGUCAAAAACGUAGAAUGAGUGAUAUUGCUGAUUUUAAAUACAAAAAAGAAUCUUUGCGCGAAUCUGUUGUCAAUCAAAAUGGAGAUUCAAUUACUGAUCAUUAUUCGAAAUUUGAAGAUAAUGAUACCACGAUCAAAGAUUAUAAACAACCAAUCGAUACGGAAGAUAUAUCAAAAACAUUUGAACAUUCAUUUGAUUAUAAUUUUAAAAUGAAAACUCCAAGUAAAUCUGCGGGUGUCAUAGAUAUACAUGAUGAUAAUCUACUUUCAUUCACAUCGGCAACAUUCAAAUCAAUCGAAAAUUUAAAACUUGAUGAAAAAACCAAAAUCAUUGAAGACUGUAUCAUACCGGAAAUGCCGACCGGUAUUGAACUAUGUCUGAUAUUAAUGGAGAAUUGGGGUGAUCAGAAUUUCAUCGGUCUCAAUGGCAUCGAAAUAUUGGAUCGAUUUGGCAAUCGUCCAUCAAUUGAAAAUGUAUUUUUGAAAAAUGAUGAAAAUCGUAAAGAAUAUAAUGAUUUAUAUAAAUUGAUCGAUAAUGUCUAUCGAACACAUGAUGAUUCGCAUAUUUGGCAAUGUCGAUUUGAUGAAAAAAAAGCAUUACCGAUACGUAUCAUAUUUCGAUUCGAAAAACCGACAACAAUUGCAUUGAUUCGCAUAUGGAACUAUAAUAAAUCUCGUAUACAUUCAUAUCGAGGCGUUAAAUAUGCAAAAGUUAAAUUGGAUGAACAAACAAUAUUUUGUGGUGAGAUUGCCAAAGCUUGUGGCGAUCUAACCGGUACGUUGGAAAAUUUCGGUGAUACAAUUCUAUUCACCACUGAUGAAGAAGUCCUUGAACAUAUUUCACAUUUUGAUAUUUCAUUUCAAGAACUACUCAUGGAACAAAUGAACUAAUAAUCUAUAAAUUGAAUGUCCCCCAAAAACUAACUUAACUAAAAUAAUAAUCAAAAAAAAAAUCUUGAUGCUUUGCUUCAAAAUUUUUGUCUAAUAAAAU